CAAAAGUUACUUCCGGUACUUUUGGCCAUGUGCUCGUUUCAGUGACAUAAAGCACAAUGACGUCUCUAGCCAAACAGUUGGAAAGACUUGCGGUCCCGCAUACACAGACAAUCUAUGGGGAAGACCAGAGAAAGAAAUCACUCCUGUUUGAUCCAUCAGAAGCUGCUUCUAUAGACAAAGAGACAUUUUAUAAUUUAGGCAUAAAUGGGUUGGAAGAGCUUGAGACUAUAGAUGCGUCCUUUCAAGAAUAUGAAUCCAAUCUAUUUGCUGAGUCGUCAAUGUCGUUUGAGAGAAGUGUACAGAGCAGUGAUGUAAAUGACCGUUUGAAUGAGACCCUGUCUCAGUUCCUGCUACAUUUGUCACCUUAUUGCCUACUCAAACCAGCACAUAAAGCACUGGAAUGGUUGAUAUACAGGUAUCACAUCCACCAAUACAAUGUUGACGAGCUUGUGAUGUGUGUGCUGCCUUACCAUGAGAGUAAAACAUUUGUCCGUGUCAUCCAGUUGUUACCACUAGAUGCCAAAACAGCAUCCAAGUGGGACUGGCUCAAACAGAUACAGAAAUCUGGAGUUCAUUUAGCCAAGAUGACUUUGGUAAACCACUGUCGAACUAACCAUGCCUUCCUGUCUACAGUGUGUGACAUGGUGUACAAAUCUGUCAAGGUCCAUAUCCAGUACAGUGAGAAAUUACCUCACCUACGGACGCUGUUUUCUUUCUUCACCACCACUGUCAUUGGAGUGUUAGACUCUGAGAAGGUCAAGGAGGAGCUGGUCUCCACACUGCUGGCUCAUAUCAGUCACGGUCUGCGCUCCAAGAUCCUUGACUACAAGGCUGCGUCCUACAUGAUUAUGGCACAGCUUCUUUUCAAGGCAAAACUCCAGAAAACCCUGCUGGAAACACUGAUGAAUGGAAUGUGUAAGCAUUUGUCCGCCCAGCUCCUACAGGAAGCUGUCUCCUGUCUCCUCCUGAUGUUCCAGACCCAGGACAUCUCCAAACUCACCAACAGAGCUUUCAAGCAUUUAUGUCGCCAGACUACCUUGGUUGACUGUUUGGCCCAUAUGACUACCAGCUUCAAGGCUGACUCUCUGAUACAGACAUUUCUCCUCAAGCUGAUACCCUGUGCAGUGAGAGAACACUCAAUCCUGACCAGCUCUGGGAACAGUAGCGACUCCGACUCCGGUGGGGGCGUUCCACAAUACCUUAGCCAGUUAUAUACAUUGAUGUCCACAGCCAGUCUUAGUCAGAGUACUACCAAGCUUGCUAUCAGAGAAAUAGUACAGAGCUAUGUGAGGUAUUGGCCUCGUGUGAUUGGAGAAGAGGAGAAGUCUGACUUUAACCGGAGUCUGCGGAGUAUCGUACGUCUACUGGAGGGGAGGUACUACACGGCACUAGAUGAGGCAGUGGAGGAGGUACUUAAGGAGACAAAGAAUGAUGCGGUCAGAGACAUUGUCAAGGCCUUCCUCCACUUGUCUGUGGGUGCCAUUCAGGACGAUGAUGAGGAAAGCUCAGGGAUGUCCCUGCUUCUUCUCAACCACCAAAACUGUGUCAUCAGGAGGGAAACCACUCAACGCUUCAUGAAGAAUAUAAGCAAUAUGGAGGAGAGUGACUUUGUGUCGGACACACUAAUGGCGCGGUUACAAGAUGAUGAUGUAGGAGUGGUGCUUGCCGUUCUAUCACCUAAAGAGAAUAUUUGGAAGUUUGUGAAAGACCAAACCAAGCUCUUUGAGGUUUUGUAUAUGCUAAAUACUAAACGUGAACAGGAAAAAUUCAAGAAAACGAGAGGGAAAGGAGAGUGGAAGCAGGUUGAGUUGCUCUCCUUGGAAUUGAUGUGCAAAUGUCCUAAAGACUUUGAGGACAAAGCCAUGGCAACCGGGAUACGGUACUUCUUCACAGUGGGAGGAGACCAGAUAGCGUUAGAGAUGUGUAACUGUCUGAUGAUGUCACCAGUAGGCAAACAAAGCAGUGUAUUACAGAAGUUCGGAGAAAUUACAAAAGAUUAUAUAAAAAGUGUGGACAAACUAGGACCUCACAAUCGAGGAGGGUUUAAUCUUGCAGUGGUCAGAAAUCUUGGAAAAUGCAUGGCAGAUUUGGACAAAGAUGAAGUGCUAGAUCUGAUAGACCUGUGGAGCAGCAACUGGAAGCUGAACAGAACCAAAUGUCUGGUACUACUUCUUGUAGACUAUCUUCUGGAGAACAACAACUGCACGCUGGACCUCUGUGUCCGACAGAUGGACUUCAUUCAGCGAGCUCUUAUGCAGGACAAAGAGGUGGAACAUAGAAAUGUUCAGGAAACUAUUCUUCCCUGCUCUCUGGAGGAUGCAGUUAAUGAAGUUUAUAAAUACCUGAACAACCAAAAAGGCCUUAUAGAGGAGUUUACACUGAUGCUGCUGCACAGAACAAUCGAAUAUAUAGGUCGUUUCAAGUCCUACAUGCCAGAAACCAAUUUUUGGCGUUGUUGUGAUGACAAAUUAGACUCUGACAAGGACAAAUUAACAGUCCUGCUGGUGAAGACGUUUAACUUGCUGCUUAAGUCCACUUCUGUAAGCAAGCACUUCCAUAAGCAGUACCGAGAACUGCUCCUGAAAUACACAAAGGAGAUAUAUCCAGACAUACUUGCCCUGCUGCGGAUAUUGGGACUGAUGUGGACACAGCACUGUAACCCUGACCACUCCGUUCUAAAACUGACUGUCAUCACACAAGCCAGUGCUCUACAGAUAGGCAACGCCCACCUUCUUAAUGUGACUCCUGAACAGAUCAAGGUUAUUACCUCAAACUUCACACCUGUACUGAUGAACUUGAUGGUAGCGAUGACGUCCCCUCACCAGGGACUCCGGGACUCAGCCGUAGGAUGUGUGGUCGCCAUGGGAACUAUGCUGAAGGAAACAGACCAUGAGAUGUUACCACUUGUCAAAAAGUUGAUACGCUGUCAGCCUGAAAUAUUAGCAGAUAGCAAUUAUGUCUCUCAGGUACUUUCAUCGGUUUUCAAAGAUUGUGAUAAAGAAUCAACAAUGGAAACACCUCGUAAAAAGAGAAAAUCAGUUACACGAAAUCUCAAAGCAAAAGCACUAGACAUGAUAGUAGCAAUAAUUGUUGCCAUGGAAACUCCAGCUUUCAUACAGAGGGCAGCACUGGAGCUACUACAGGGUCUAGAAACACAGAAAUUGUUACAAGACUUGUUUCCACUGCUGACCAAACUGAUGGCUGACAUUGAUAGUGAUAAUGCAAAUAACACCAAGUUUGACUGUGUGAGGUUGAUACUACAGCGGUUCUCUCAUGAAACAGCGUCUCUACUGCCCUCUGGUGGACAGGGGCUACAACUCUUCACAAAGGCCCUGCAAACAUCCAGUGGACCAGAUGACAGUUCAACCACUGUGCAGCUAUGUGCACUUGGCCAGAUUGAUAAAAUCCUGUACAAAGCCUUAUCUGAGGAGAGUCAGAGGGCAAUCCUCACUUGUCUCAUAGAUGUGUGGGUUGGUACUGAGAGCCACGUGGUGUCUGGUGCUGUAAGGAAGGUCAUCAAACAGUUACCCCUGGAGUCAGCAGAUGUUGUGGAAGAGCUUCAGUCCUGUUGGAAAGCAACAUCUACCUCGGCCAAUACAGUCAAGGAGACCAAAAGGAGGAAGAGACAACAGGCUGAGACAGAUGAGGAGUUUAACCGUCCAGGUUGGCGUCGUGCCACCAUGAUCCUGGAGGGUAUCCAUGAGAAGAAGAGGCUUGCUAACUGUAAACUCCUGUUGCCUGUCUGCUUCCAACUCCUUACACGUGUGUUGGACUCGGAUCAGCAUAGCUCUGCAGAAUAUAUCAAACAACUCAUUCUGUCACUGGUCAACCACAUAUGUGUAAGGAUCCAAUCGGGUGAGGAAGAGAAAGAAGCAAUCAAGGAAGAGAAAUUCAACAUGGAGCUGAUUGUUCAGACAAUCAGAACAUCAAGUAACCCUCAGACUCACAAUCAGGCCCUAUUGGUUCUAACAACAGCUGCUAGACUAUACCCUGAACACCUACUACACAACGUGAUGUCUGUGUUCACAUUCAUGGGUGCCAACAUCCUGCGACAAGAUGAUGCUUACAGUAUAGAGAUCAUCGGGCGCAUCCUGGAAAAUGUCAUACCAGCGCUUAUAACAGCCUGUGAACAAAGGACCAAGGUGCCCCGAGGCGUGUCCAAUAAGGUGGAGGAUGUAAUCACCAUGGUUAUCCGAGUGUUCGUGGAUGCCUACUCCCACAUCCCUGACCAUCGUCGUCUGAUGCUAUUCACCAAACUCGUUAAGAUUGUGGGUGAUGACCUUUACCUGUGGCGCACACUUCUCUUACUGGUCGCUCACCUGGUUACCAGAGGAACACAGUCCAGUGACGAUACUCCGGCCACUGAGCGUGAGAUACUGUCCAAGGAUAUGGAGUUCUGUUUACAACUCUCUGGUCAGUUCUCUGUCACAACACAACUGGAGUUCGCCACAGCAGCCAUCAAGUAUCUUGGGGAACUUCCAGAUGAUAAAACAGAGGAGAAGCUAGCUCAGCGGGUGGCUCAGCCCCAUUCACUGGGAAAGCUGCGUAAAGAAGACACAGAGAUAUACAACGUGAAGGUUCAUUCUGCCAAACAGUUGCGGCACUUCAAGUACAAAGUCGUAGAGCUACUUAUCUCUCUGUACACCAACCAGGUGUAUAUUGUACAGGUUUCAAAUUGUAAAGAUGCAUCACUACUGAUUAAGUUUAAAGGUCUUCUUCAAACCAUCCUGGAGUUUCUGUCUAAGGUUUCCAAAGCAACAGACACUUACCAAGAAACUAUAACAGCAAGGUUUUGGAGAGCAUUUCAACACAAAGUAUAUGAUCUACUAGAGAAGGUUGUGACUUUGUUACCGGAGGACAUGUUUGUGGAGGUAGUAUCCUCGCUGAUGGACCACAGUCUCCCGAAUGUACAGAGAAAGGCCCUGGAGCUGCUCAAUACCAACCUACAUCAGAAACGGGUGGCCCUAACAAAACAUGAGGUAUCCCUGCUCCUGCCCCUUGUGGACAAGACCCGUGGUAUUAUAGAAAGGACCUGUCUGGUCGCGGGUGGUGUGGAGGAGACCAUUGUCAAUGCUCAGACGGCUCUGUACGGACUUAAACUCUUGUGUCGUCAUUUGGGGGAGAACAACCCACACACCUUCAUCAAGGUUCUGAAGCUUGCAGUGCGCGUGUUCAGUGAGAGGGGAGAUAACCUACAGCUGUCAGCAUGUGCCUUACUUUGUAUUGCUGAGAUUUCCCAAGUUCUCAGAAUCCAUGUCAUCGCCCAUCUCUCGUCCUUCAUGCCUCAAAUCAUCACCUGUUUGGAAAACCACGACACGUUGCUAACAAAUGAGCUGUUCCUGAUGAGUGUGGUUACAACUUUACAAAAGGUUGUGGAAAACCUCUCGAACUUCCUCAGUCCCUACAUCAAGGACAUCAUUCUACAGGUGUGCUGUCUGUCUGCUCUGGACACGGAACUUGAUGUGAUGAAGAAACCACAGACACAACAACGGCUGAAAAAUACCAGGUCAUCGCUGUCAACAGUACUGCCAUUCCGUGUCAUGCUUCCAUCUGUCAGCAAUUGCUUUGAAAAUUUCUCCAAUAACGAUCUGAUGUGUGUGAAGCCCCUUAUGUCCCUGUUGGAGGACCAUAUAGCCAAUAUGAGCCGUGAUGACCUCACUAGUAACCUGCCACAGCUCCAGGCUUUCUUCCUUGUGUGUUUGGACUUCCGAGCCAAACAUCCAGAUGUGGAAGAGAGUGACAUGACCUUGAUAGAGGGCAGCAUUAUGCAGACCAUCAUCUCCAUGGUGAUGAAGCUGUCAGAGUCCACAUUCAGACCAUUUUUGCUCAAGCUUUAUGACUGGGGGACCAGGGAAUCUGACAUCAAGGCAAGAGUAACAGUAUUUUACAGACUAGCUCAGAGUCUAGCAGAGAAACUAAAGAGUCUGUUUACCCUGUUUGCUGGACACUUUGUACAACAUGCUGCUGACCUCCUGGACCUAAAUAACUCAUCCAAAACAGGUAAGGGUUACUUUGGGAAGGGAAAGCAGUAUCGUCGAAUGUCUCAUCAGCUGCUGGUCCAUGUGAUUGACUGUCUCCAGAAGUGUUUCCUGUAUGACACAGAGGGUUUCCUCAACAAGGAGCGCUUUGACUGCCUUAUGCAACCACUAGUAGACCAGUUGGACAAUAUUGGCCGGAGUGAGAAUCUGUACAGAAAGCGUGUGGAUCAUCACCUAGUACCCUGUCUAGUACAGAUGGCUGUAGCCAUACAGGACGACUCCCUGUGGAAAACCUUGAACUACCAGAUCCUUCUGAAGACCAGACAUGAGGAGCCAAAGGUACGGUUAGGAGCUCUGAACGCUGUUGAUGAACUACACAAGAAGUUAGGAGAGGACUACCUGGGCCUACUGCCAGAGACUAUACCAUUCCUGGCUGAGUUGAUGGAAGAUGAAUGUGAAGAGGUGGAGAAAGAAUGCCAGGCUGUAAUUGGAGAGAUGGAGAAAACCCUUGGUGAACCUCUUCAGAAAUAUUUCUAGAUGUGUGCUAGUCCAUCAUUUUGGAGAUGGAGAAAACCCUUGGUGGACCUCUUCAUAAAUACUUCUAGACGAUGCUAGUUUAUCAUUGGGGAGAUGGAGAAAACCCUUGGUGAACCUCUUCAGAAAUAUUUCUAGAUGUGUACUAGUCCAUCAUUUUGGAGAUGGAGAAAACCCUUGGUGGACCUCUUCAUAAAUACUUCUAGACCAUGCUAGUUCAUCAUUGGGGAGAUGGAGAAAACCCUUGGUGAACCUCUUCAGAAAUACUUCUAGAUGGUGCUAAUUUGUCAUUUUGGAGAUGGAGAAAACCCUUGGUGGACCUCUUUAGAAAUAUUUCUAGAUGGUGCUUGUCCAUCAUUUGGGAGAUGGGGAAAAACCUGGUGGACCUCUUCAGAAAUAUUUCUAGAUGGUGCUUGUACAUGUCCAUCAUUUGGGAGAUGGGGAAAACCCUUGGUGAACCUCUUCAGAAAUUCUUCUAGAUACAUCUAGCUUCUUUUUCCUUCCAAUGCUGAUGAAGGUGUGCCAGUUAGUCAUUUGAAAGAUGACAAGAACAUUGGAAAAUCUCUUUUGGAACACUUAUUGAUAUCUCAUCAGUGUUAAAUUGGCUGAACUAAGCUGAAUUUGCUGAAGGACAUAUAAAGCUGGAGAAAAAAAGGAGAAAACUAUAAAAGUAAUAUUUUAUAAUCUAAGUAUUUAUAUACAGAAUACCACUGAUUAUGAUGUCCGGUAAAUAAUGUUUUAUGCAUGUAUCAUGAAAUAUUGCAAACGCAUGAUAUAGAUUCCUGAUAAAACUUUGUAUUAGGAAUUCUGGACUGUUUCUGUUAGAAAAAUAUUUGAUUGUGCAUUCAAUUAAAAAAAU